CUAAGUUUUAAUCAAUUAUCACGUUUGUUAUUAAUAAGUUCUAUAUAUAGAUAUUUGUUAAAUCGUUGAUGAAUUUUUCCCGUAGAUACCUUCUGAUUCAUUGACGAAUUUUUGUCAUAGAUAUCUACUAAAUUAUUUAUGAUCUUUAAUUGUCGAUACUAAUUAAAUUAUUAGCGAAUUUUAAUCGUAGAUAUAAAUGAACGGUCAUUGACGAAUUUUUAAAUACCUAGUAAAUCGUUGACUUUUUCAAUAGAUACUUAUUCAGCCAUUGACGAACUUUUACAUACCUAUUAAGUCAGACGAAUAUUAUAUAAUUUUAUAUAAUAACAUAAGUAAAUUAUUGAUAAAUUCUAGUUUAGAUAUAUCAACGAAUUUAAACAUAAUUUAUUAUAUGGCAACAGAUAAGAUUCAUUGUUGACAAACAUAUUGAUAAAUUGUUCAAAAAAAAGUAGGACAAUGACAAUGUAUAGUUUCGAAAUUAAAUAAUAUUUAUAAAGAUAAAUUGAUGUAAAUAAAACUAUUAAUAACGUUGGAAGUAUUGUAGAAAAUGUGACACAAAAGAAAACGAUUUUGUAACGCUGUCAUUUUUAAAAAGGUUUCUAUUCGAAUGGGCACGAUCCUGAAGAAUGGAGGUCGAGAGUUGAAGGUCGAAAAAAGCGUAGGGGUGAGCUUAGUUACGACGUUCCUUCACAAUGUAAUCCAUAGCGAAGGCCGUGGCAUGUGCUGGCGGCGGGGGCGACGACGCAACUACUACAAAUAGGCCGCAGCUUCGUCGAAAGCACCUAUCCACGCAAGCGAACCAGUCGCGUGCUUCUUCCUUACCAGGGGUGUGUCGAAUGGCCGCGUGGAUAUGGCAGGAGAAUAUUUUGAGACGACGUAUGUACCGGAAAUCAAGGAUGCCGAGAGCAAAGAGCGAGAAAGACAACUCGUUCAAGAGGGCACGGCUAUGUGGAAGCACCGGAAGGAGGAGUUUCUACGUCAAAAGCAUCGAGAACAACGAGAAUUGCGAGAGAUUCUGGAGAACUACUCGCCUUGGGGUAAACCAGGCGGUGGUGCUCCGUGCCCAGCAACCUUAAGAAAGAAAAACGUUCUUCUGGAGCCAUUGGAACCCGUCAAGAGUCAUAUGGCUGGUCAGUCUGUGCAGUCCUGGCCCUGGGGUCGUCCUGGUCCUGGAGGACUUCCUUGGAGGGAUCCGAAGUUACUGGGUGUGCACUUUCUGGAAUCUAUGGGGUGGACCAGUGAUUCGACGAUCCGGAAGCUAUCUCGUAAAAGAGACAUCGAUCCUCUGACUGUUCCAGACAUGAAUAAAUUCUUCGAUGCGAAUGUGGAAUCGGAUAUUGCAUCGCAUUUACAAUCGUCAAGGGAUACGAGAAGUCUCUACAACGAGGAGGUCCAGGUGUACAAGCUCACUGGUGGUGUAGAAUUAGUGCCGUUGUUAACCAGCAGACGUUAUCAUUCACAACCGCAGAGUAUUCGCUAUCAUGUGACUGAUAUUACUCGGCCAGGGUAUACGAUAGAAUCCCUGCGUUCACUCGAAAUCUCUAACCGAAAAUACAUCGCAGAGCUUGCUGAACAGAUACGAUGGAAACAGGAUAGAGCAUGCGAGGAACGUCGCGCGGAACAAGAAAGCUGCAGACGACAUUUCGAUACUUGGCGAAAGCUCUGGGGUAGACCGGGUCAUGGUGCACCCAUAGAUCAUGUUCACAGAAACAAUCUUUAUAAUAUUCUCUACCGUCCGGUUAUUUAUUGAAUUUCUACGCAACGUGUCUCGUGACUUGGAAACUUAUGAACGAAAUUGGAUAUCAAUGGUAUUAGAAAGCUUUCCUUGUUAUCUUCGUUAGCAUUUCAAUCCACUUUUGUAGAUAUCAUCGAAUUAGAUUAGAGAGACCAGAAAUUACGAAGGAAAAGAAAGGUUCGGAGAAUGAUUGCAUAUCUUGUCAAAGAACUGUCACGAACCGAUAAAGAGAAAGAAGAUCAGACGAAGAUUAUUUUUAUAAUCUUAUUAUUAGAUUAGAUGAAGAUUGAAGAUUAGAUUCUACUCGUAUCAUUACGAUGAAUUUCAGAGAAAUAAGAAAUCUGAAAAAGAUACUUUGUUGUCGUUUAUAUCAUGGUGAAUUGCUUGGAGAUGAAAAAGCGACGAGUUUGUCAGCAGCCUAUUAAAUUUUAUGAAAGUCUGUCGCUAGGAGCUUCGAAGAGACGUUUGAUAAACCUGCACCGUGGGACGUAGACCGCGAUUGACCAGACCUCAAAGGAGCAAUCUCGAGAGGGGAUGCAGCUCGAUCGACGGGUAUUAAAUUUCAUGAACGCCAAGGAACGAUCAUUUGAAUAUAUGUAUGGUCGGGGUUAGAAAGUGCCCUUAGUCGUUGUUGUCAAAAGAAACUGCAUCCAUGUCCGAAGGUAAAAUUUUAAGCUCUCUAAGAAUUCCUCUUGUCGCGUAAAAAAAUAUAUCCGAUCAUAAAAUUAAAUUUUCAUUUUAAAUAGUGAUCCUUGUUACGUGUGCGAGAAAAGAACAUCUCGUAACAUUGGAAAUUUGACAUAAAGGGAGUAAUCCGAGCGUAUUGACAAAGUUUAAUUACUUUUUAAAUAUUAUCCAAGUACAAUAAAUAUCCCUAGAAAUCGAAAUUUUUUUGAUAAUUAAUUGUUUCACGGUGCUCGUUUGUACUCGAUUCACUCGAUAUAUGUUAAUUAGACCGAGAACGACAGGGAGUUGUCUUGCUAAUGGACUCCUAAUUUAAUUGGGCUCACUUCAAGGGAUAUGGUUCUCGGUUUGUAUCUUCAAAGGGUCAAGUGUCUCUCCCUCUAUUUUUUCUUCCCUCUCCCCAUUAAAGAGAAACAACGAAGCCUUCUCUCUUUCCUGUUUUGCUAGAAAAGCGACUCGCAUUCUCUGUAGGUAACCUCGCACAUUCUCUGUAGUCUCACAUUUCCCCCGCCUUUAUUCCCCUACAGACCUACUCUCACUCUCUUCUCCCCCUCUUUUCCCUUUCCUCAUUCAGCGGUAGCGCGUUGUGCAGUUAUACGAGCAACCACUGUGCUUUCCCUAUUGUCUGACUAUUGUGUACCCGUUACCACUGUGCGUCGGACCGUUUGUAUAAAGGGUGAUUCAUUUUCAGCGAAAUAUCAGUUCCUGCGCCUCAUGAAUUUCAACUCUCGCAAGCGCGUAAAACCACGCGUCCUGUAUAUUUAUCUCUCUUGCUACGCGUAUAUCCCUCUUAUUCUCUCUCUUCCGUAUCCAUUUCCCGUUACGUCUUCCGUUCUCUCUCCCUAUCACGUUACUCCUCUAUCUUCCUUUACUAUCUAUGCGUUUUCUAGCGAGAUGACGUUAGCCCGAUUACUGCCCAGCGCGUGGUUUUGCGCAAGCGAGGAUCACCGGACCUCGUUACACACUUUUUCCUUCCUUUUUCCGUCCUAAAUAAUUCUCUUAUCGCGAUUAUAUUGUGAACGGAUGAACCGUGUAAAGUCGCAUUUAAAUUUCUCGGUUCUCGUUGUGAAGCAUAGAUAGCGAGUGAUACUGGUAUUUAAUAGAUUAGAUGCGUAUUAGAUUCUUUAUUAUAACAGAUAUAUCAUGCGAUAGAUGAAUAUUUCUGUGCCGACUUUACCUGGCGAAAAGUCGUAUACAGCGAAUAAAUAUAUAUUUUACGAAUCAUUGACGAAUAUUUUUCAAGAUUUUAUUUAUUAGAAAUAUACGUGUAAUCUUUACAAUAAUACGAUUACGAUGAACCAUCCUCGUUUGCAGUGAUUCAAUCGAACGUCAAGUUUUAAACGAGAGAGUCGAUUUAAAGUGUAGAUUUGAAAGGGAGAAUGUGAUGGAAAAGAAAAAUUUGCGAAUCUCGAGAGUUGCAAACCGAUAUCAGAAAUCCACUAGAACACUCGCACCCACCGAAGGAAUAAUAUUUGUUCGCGGUUCCAUCGUGAUGUACGUGACGUGAUAGUAGAUGGUCUAUAUGGAUAUAUCUUCGUUUGCGUAUGUGUGCAUGCAUAUGACGUGGAACUCGUAUUCGUUCUUUCUCACGGAGUUUCCGUUCGGCUCGACAACGAAGGACGACGUAUGGCAAAUUUGAAUUUCGAUAUGGUGCGAUGACUUUGCUUUUUCCAGGAUUUUUUUUUAUUCAGAUCUUUAUCAAACCUUCGCGAUAGGAACAGGAUCGGAAAGUUAUUUUGUCGAUUCGUUUAUUCUCCCAUAUGUAUGUAAUAUUUCAAUAAUUAAAAUAAAAAUAUCUAAUACGUAAAACUCUUAGAAACAUUUCUAGCCAAAUAAGAAAUAGUAAGUAUCAAUGUUACUGUCAUUAUCGAUUUCAACGAGAACAUUUUUUAAUGUCUUAUUUAAUCUAGUUGCUUUUGCAAACAAAAGAAUCAAAGCCAUUUCUCAUCGAUAAGGGAGAGAGGCUCUGUGAACGUCUACCGUUCAUGCGUGGCUGAGAUGUAUUCAUUCUAUAUAGCAAAAAAACGUGAUCGUUUCGCGUCUCAAUAGUAGCAAUGUGUACCGAGUCGAAGAGGAACACAGAGAAGAGAAAGAGAGAUGAAUAUAGAGAAGCGAAAAAUACGAAAUCUUGUUAUCGCGGUGACUCGAACGACGAGCUAUUCAUCAAGCGUAUCAUUUCCACAUAGCUCGGCCGUGGUGCAGUGAUGAAUGCGCGCUCGUAAUUAGAAUUUUUUUCGGUAUAUACAGGGUGUAUGUAAAUUAUAAGUACAAGCCUUAUGGGCAGAUGGAAAUCAUCGAAAAAGGAACAAAAUAGGUUUAAUAUAAAUAUGUUUUGAAAUGAAUCGUUUCAAAGAUAUGCAAUUAUUUUAUACGAUUACAUGUGCUAUGAAUAACAGAAAAACAAAUUUGUUCGAAGGCAUCAUUGCUAAAUAUUUCCUUAUGGGUUUUUUUUUAGAAAAUUAAAGUACGAAUACUUUUCUGAUAUGUCUAUAUUUUUAAUAAAUUAUAUCCACUUGCAAUGUUUGUACUUAUAAUUCAUGUACACCUUGUAUAUACGUAUAAGUGUAUUGAGGCGCUAUAUCCUGUGAAAAAAGCGAGAAUGAGUAUGAGAGAGAAAGGGAGAGAGAGCGAGCGAGCGAGAGAGAGAGAGAGAGAGAGAGAGAGAGAGAGAGAGAGAGAGAGAGAGAGAGAGAGAGAGAGAGAGAAAAGAGAUAGAGACAAAAAUAGCGACCUAUGGAAAUUUCAACGAACAUGUUGCUCGUCAUCGGUUUUAAUGGCAGAUACCGUCCAUUUUUUGAGUUGCAUCGAUUCGGCCGAUUGCUCGGAUUAAUAUUCAGUAAAUUGUUGCGAGCCAUGCGCGUAAUACUGCUGCUCCGAUUGCCUCCCUUUCCCGCCACUACCACUUUUAUCUUUUUUAUCUUUCACGUUCACCAUCCCCAUGAUUAUCUUUCUCCCCUCUUAUUUUCUUUGCCGUCCUUCUCUGCUUUUUAGCGCCAACGUGCCGCUUUUAAUCGCCUCCUCGUAUUUCGCGCCCUUUUUUAAAGUUACAGGGUCGCGUGGUGAUUCGGAGGACAAUUCUCUCUCUCUCUCUCUUUCCUAAUUCACCGUGGUUUUUUAUCCAAUAUAGCCGUGGUACGGGUGAACACGGCUAUUCGAAAAAUUGUCCGGUGAAUGCUCGAUAAGCCGUGCGAAGAACACACGUAUUGCUCGAAAGUACAUACACGUAGUAUAAAUACUCACACAUUUUUAUCAACAACAAUAUGUAACUGUGUGAGUCUAUGCGCGAAUUCGUGAGUGUGUGUGUGUGUGUGUUGGUCGUUGCAUCGUUCAAAUAAAAAAAAAGAAAACGUGCCUUUUCCAGCUUGCUCCUAGUUUUUCCUCGUUUUUUAUACCAUCCGUUUUUCUACGCUACGAAAUAAUUACGAAGGUCUCCUGCAGGUAGUGAAUUUUAAGCGGGAUCGGAAUAUUUUACCGGAUGAACGAUAAAUUGGAUGUACAUAAAUCUUUGACGAAGAGAUAUUCAAAAAUUCCUUUCUUCAUUUUUUCUCCCAGUAUUAUCGGAAUAUUUAAUGCAAGGAAAAGUGUUAAUACCGUUUAUACUGUUUAAGAGAAAUUUUAUGCGAAUCACUUCUUUUAUUUCAUUUUCUACGUCAACUUUAAUAGGAUAGAAAGAGAAAGAGAGAAAAAGAGAAGGAGAAAGAUGGGUUUUACGAGCCACUCGUCGCACAAACUUUUUUCAUAUCUCUGACAUUAUAUCGCGCUACCUGAAGUCCCACUGAACUAUACUAUUCCAUUGCUGUCUCUUUUUCGUUUUCUCUCUAUAUAACUAUGGCAUCGUAGAUACAGAUACACGAAACCAGAAGACCAUUCUCAGUUUCAUUUUGAGCUUUCGUUGUACAAUUUAGAAUAUACUUCAUCGAUGUAAAAAAGGGUUUGCUUUUCGCGAAAGAUCGUGAAAGGGAUUCGAACCUCCGAGGGAAGCGAAAUUAUGACUCUCUUCGUUUUUGUUGUGGUGAAGCCGUUUAACACUGAAGAGUAGUAUAGGUGCAACUAGGACGACUCCUUUAUAUGGAAAGCAGCAUAUGGAAAUUUUCGCAGGUGUCGGUUUAUUGUCCCAUUCGCGAGUGAAACGACACACAGGGGAAUCAUCCCUCUAUAUACUUAUGCGAGAAGGGUUGCAACGCCGGGAGAUUUGUCACGGUACAUGCUCGCACGAACUCGAUUGGAUUAAAUUGUUCCGAUCUACCGGAACUUUAAACUCCAUCUCCCUCCAUCUCUGUCUUUCUUUCUCUUUCUCUCUCUCUCUCUCUCUCUCUUUGGACGAGUUUAAUCGAUUUUUUAAAGAAAACUUUUUAUCACUUCGUAUAUAUGUUCCUAUUUUACAAUUACAAUGAUUUAGUUUAUACACGAUUUUAAAUA